AUUUAGAGGCGCGCGCCGGGCGGGAAUGUAAGAUGGCGGAGUAGUACCGUGAGGCAGUUAGCAUUCAGUCUCUGCGCUGACCUCGCUUCUGGUCUUCGCAGCACCCGUGGCCUCUGAGGGAAAAACUCCUAGGCUAACUGUCCAAGAUGCCGAAUAUCAAAAUCUUCAGCGGAAGCUCUCACCAAGACUUAUCCCAGAAAAUUGCCGACCGCCUGGGCCUGGAGCUGGGCAAGGUGGUGACUAAGAAAUUCAGCAAUCAAGAGACCUGUGUGGAAAUUGGUGAAAGUGUACGUGGAGAAGAUGUCUACAUUGUUCAGAGUGGUUGUGGUGAAAUUAAUGACAAUCUAAUGGAGCUUUUGAUCAUGAUUAAUGCCUGCAAGAUUGCUUCAGCCAGCCGAGUUACUGCAGUCAUCCCAUGCUUUCCGUAUGCUCGGCAGGAUAAGAAGGAUAAGAGCCGGGCUCCAAUCUCAGCCAAGCUGGUUGCAAAUAUGCUGUCUGUAGCUGGUGCAGAUCAUAUCAUCACCAUGGAUCUACAUGCUUCUCAGAUCCAGGGCUUUUUUGAUAUCCCAGUGGACAAUUUGUAUGCAGAGCCUGCUGUCCUGAAGUGGAUUAGGGAGAACAUCUCGGAAUGGAGGAACUGUACCAUUGUUUCACCUGAUGCGGGCGGAGCUAAGAGAGUGACCUCCAUUGCAGAUCGGUUGAAUGUGGACUUUGCAUUGAUUCACAAAGAGCGGAAGAAGGCCAAUGAAGUGGACCGCAUGGUGCUAGUAGGAGAUGUGAAGGACCGAGUGGCCAUCCUUGUGGAUGACAUGGCUGAUACUUGUGGCACGAUCUGUCAUGCAGCUGACAAACUUCUCUCAGCUGGAGCUACCAGAGUUUAUGCAAUCUUGACUCAUGGGAUCUUUUCUGGCCCAGCCAUUUCUCGCAUCAACAAUGCCUGCUUUGAAGCAGUUGUAGUCACUAACACUAUACCUCAGGAGGACAAGAUGAAGCAUUGCUCCAAAAUACAGGUGAUUGACAUCUCCAUGAUCCUUGCAGAAGCCAUCAGGAGAACUCACAAUGGAGAAUCUGUUUCUUACCUGUUCAGCCAUGUCCCUUUAUAAUAGAAUAACUUCAGAGGCUUUUUAAAAAUGAAGUUAACCCCACCCCCUUGUUCUCCCUUGGUUUUUCUAGUAUUUGACAAAUUUAGCAGAAGACCUAGCUUGCUCCAGUGUAGCUUUCUACAUCCCACACUGUAUAUUAGAAUUAGUGGAUCCUAAUUUGGGGAAAGACAAAUUGAGAUAACUGCUGGGAUUUUCUACCUGCAUUAUCUUAUCCUGGCUUCCUUGGUCAUUUUAUGACCCCUGCAGCAUUCACUAGAGCUCAGCUGCCAUAAGAUUUGCAGACUUUUGAGCAUGUUCUGCAAAGCUGUUUUAAAUGUGAUUGAGAAAGUUUGGAUUCCUUUGCAUGUGAAUGCUUUGGGUUUUUUUUCCCCUUUGUUGCAAGUAACUAGCAACAAAGCCUGCAUAUGUGAAACAAAUUCUCCAAGGCCUACUACAUUACAGCAGGUCUGAACAGCCCCUGUAAGGCAGGAGUAAGCAGUUCAGCUUAAGCAGGAUCUUCAAGUGGGGAUGGAGGGUAGCUCAGUGUAGCAAAUGUGUCUUGGGAGGAAGAAGCCUGAUCUAUCAUCAUCAUCUGCUUGACUGUGUAGCUUGGAUACUCCUUUGUACCUAAUCCUUUUUAUUUGGCAUUACAUUCAGCCAUCUUGACCUGGCCAAAUAUCAUUUGGGGCCCAACUAGUCAUUGUACUCUUGUCUUCUGCAAUACAGACUUGCUUCCUGCUGGGUAAUUGUUAACGUUCAUGUUAGAUAAUUUGCUGUAGUGUAAUCUGUCAGCCUGCUACCACUGUGGUUGUAGGUUUUAGGUGAUAUCUUACAUAGUGCCUUUUAACUAAUAAGUAUUUAAUUUUCCUUGGAUCCGUUUGGCCUCAAGUGAACUGAGACUAUUUUCAAGAGACUGAUAUUAUUGUCUGUUGUAGAGAAAACUAAUAAAGUGUUCGUGUGUGA